CGUCCGCACUCAGCGCGCAGCCGCGGUGCCGACGCAACGGAAGCCUGGUUCCAGAGCGAGAGUCGAGGGAGGUGGGAAAGUCGGAGAAACAUCGCAGACCGUGUGGGCAGUGAAGUCAGUGUGGGCCUGGAGGAUUGAUAAGCACGUGGUGAAUGUCGCUAGACCCGAGUUAGAAGCUCCCGGUUGCAGGAACGGGCAGGGGACGUGUUUCCAUCGCCAUUUUUCUCGGGGGCAACGGUCCGGGAGAGGCUCGUGCGGCCGCCAUCUUUGUAGGGGGCAAGGUGUAGAAGGGCGCAUCCGCAGGGCUUCCUUUGUCAAGUACCUGGUGUUGUGUGAUUUUUAACUUAGAAGGGGAAGAUUUGCACACAGCAAUCUGAAACCAAGUUCGUGCCUUCUGGGUUUCUAACUUGGAUUGACAUUGAAUGUUUUCACCUGUUGUAAUCUCCUUUCCAGAGGGUAUGAAAUGAGAAGGAUUAGCAGACAGGAAACCCAAAACAACCAACACGUCUCAGGAUCUGAUUCGAUUUAUCAGGAUCUGGCUACCUGCCAGACUUUGACAGUAUGAAAAGAAAAAGCUUCGGGAAAGACUUCAGGAUGUUAGAGGGUGAAGAUUUAUAUUUGGAAAACGUAAAUUAAAUAUCAAAUCAGAAUCUGAUGGAGGUUACCCAAUCUGUACUCGGAACUUCAUCUGAUUUAAACGUCGAAGAAGGCACCAUUCACUGUGGGGAGAAACCAUAUACGUGUUCUGAGUGUGGAAUAGGAUUCAGCCGAUCAUCUGGCCUGCUGAAGCACAAACGCAGUCACAUCAGAGAGAAGGCUUGGAAAUGCGGCGACUGUGGGAAGGGAUUCAAUUACCCAUCAGACCUGGAAAGGCACCGACGUGGUCACACUGGACAGAAACCGUGGAAAUGUGGAGACUGCGGGAAGGGAUUCAAUUAUCCUUCUCAGGUGGAAAUUCACCGACGUAGUCACACUGGGGAAAGACCAUUCACCUGCUCCAAGUGUGGGAAGGAAUACGCCCAGGUAGCUCAUCUGCUGAAACAUCAGCUGGUUCACACUGACGAGAGACCUUAUAAAUGUCCAGAUUGCGGGACCUCCUUCAAAAGUUCUGAGAAAUUGAUAUCCCACCAACCUGUGCACACUGACGAGAGGCCAUUCAGAUGCGCUGACUGUGGGACUGCAUUCAAGCGAUCAUCUCAACUCAUUGUCCACCAGCGAAUUCACACUGGGGAGAGGCCGUUCACCUGCUCUGUGUGUGGGAAGGGAUUCAUUCAGUCAUUCCACCUGAUUACGCACCAGCGGGUUCACACUGAUGAGAGACCUUUUCAGUGUCCGGUCUGUGAGAAGUGCUACAAAAGUUCCAGGGAACUGAUGAACCAUCAACGGGUUCACACUGACGAAAGACCGUUCAGAUGCUCUCACUGUGGGACUGGAUUCAGGCAAUCCUCUCAACUCACUGUACACCAGAGAAUUCACACUGGUGAGAGGCCAUUCACAUGCUCCAAAUGUGGGAAGGCAUUUACUCAGUUAUCCACAUUGCUGAGACAUCAGCGAGUUCACAGAUAAUUAC